AUGGCUGCAUCGGCGAGCGAGGCGUUCGACGCCAUCGGGAAGGCGAUGCAGGCCGACGCCACGCUCGCCUCAAAGGUCGGCGGAGUGCUCCAGUUCGAGCUUGGCUCUGUAUCGUGGACGGUAGACUGCACCAGCGAGGGCAGCAUCGCGGAGGGCAGGGCGUCUGCGCCGGACGCCACUAUUACCAUGAGCGAGCCGGACUUUCUCAAGCUCUACGCUGGCACGCUCAACGGCACCACGGCGUACAUGAGCGGCAAGAUGAAGGCGCCGCGCCACGCGCCUCCCGCCGCCACGCCCUCCCAUCUCACCGACGCGCCGCGCCGCCGCAGAUCAAGGGCAACAUCGGGCUGGCCCAGAAGCUAG